GCAUCUUUCCGUCCCGGCUCUCAGUGAACCCAGAGGGUGGAGUUCGUUGCACAAAGCCCCGUGCCUAGGUGCGAGUGAGCGUGUUUCAGUUUAAUUAACCCCACAAGCAAAGGAAACUGCUUUAUCUCUACAGCACAUUUUCUACAGCCUGAUCUCUAAACUUUCUUGGCGAAGUUUUACAAGAGUGGUUUGCCAUUGCUUCCUUCCUAGAGCUGAGAGAAAGUGACUGGUCCAACAUUACCCAUCUGGCUUCGUGCCCAAGACUCUUCUGGGACCAACGGUUUCAGCAUGGCAUCAGUUACAGAUAAGUCGCUAUUAUCGGCCGAAUUACAAGGAGGACAAGAGGAGGAGGAAUUCAGUCGUCUUUUACUUCAGGCAGCCCAGAAUAUCCAGGGCUCCAUGCCUUCUCCAACGGAAUCCAAGCCCAUCCGUCCCCUUCCAGGAUUCUGCCUUAAAACCCACACGAGUUCUGGUGAGAAGAUUUUUGUCAAUAUUUGCAGGUCCCCACACAUCCCUUCGCCACCCGACUUAACCAACGAAGAGCUGGCUUGCCUCAUUGAGUCAGAGAAUGCCUCCACUUUCCGGGUCCCUAUGAGUCUGGGGGAGCCGCAUGCAGAAGUGGACAAGAGUGGUAAUGGUUGCACAGCCUACGAUGUCACCAUCAACACCAACUUUUUUAAUAAGAUGGAGAGCAACCAAUUUCUCAAAGAAUUCUUCCUUACCAUAGCCAUGGAAGGAUUGUCAGAGAAGUACAAGAUGGACAUCAGCAAUCAAGAUUGGAGGAUUCUGAAGAACAGGAAGUUUAUGGGCUCCAUAUCAGAACAGAAUAUCCGCACUAAAUCCAAGCCCAUCAUCCAGGAAAUACAGAGCAGCUCUGCUGCAGCUCCUGAAUUCACCAUAGUCGCGGAGCCAUCAACCAGUCACCCCAAUCGUCUGGUGGCAAAGAUCUCCCUCCCUGAAAUGGUCUCAGUGAGAAAUCUUGAGCUGGACCUUGGAGAAGACCGUAUUGUACUACGGGGACAUCCUGAGCUCUAUCAUUUGGACAUUUUCAUACCCUACAGCAUUGUCCCUGAGGAAAGCCGGGCUCAAUUCCACAAAGAAACAAAGAUCCUUACUGUCCUGAUGCCUGUCCAACACCCAUUGCUGUUGCUAUGAGCUCUGAACAGACUGUCUAGAGGAUUGACCUUUGGGAAUGUACAUUAUGGACAUAUGUCCCAGCCCUGUAUGAGAAACUUCUGGGUGAAGAACGGCAGACUGGAGAAAUAGGAAUUACCUCCUUCUCCAAAGAAUGAUGCUGGAGUUAGGGAAGUUUCAUCUCUAAGAGACACAGGCUUUGAACCUAGAAACACACAGUAAAACAUGUUGGAUUCAG